AUGGAGAGCCAGACACCACUUGUUUCUCUGCAAAGAAGCGUCUGGGCGGGACAGAUACCGCUAGAGAUCGUUCUCGCACCUUCAGAGAGCCGGUCAUACGACAAGUCUGAUCCAUACCUCAUCUCAUACCCUCGUUUAUCAUAUCUUCCCUCUUUACUCCAAAGGUUACGGGCAUUCUUUUCUCCAUUUUUGAUAGAGCCCAGCUCUCAGCACCAUGACGGCUGGUUCGAAUUUGAAGGCGUUCCGCUGAAAUGGCACUACCCCGUCGGCCUCCUCUUCGACCUAUAUGCUGGAGCUGAUCCAGCCACCAAGUCCAGUGUUGACCCUCGAGAGGGAUCACAACUACCAUGGCGUUUGACAGUGCAUUUCAGUGACUGGCCCUUGGAGGACCUUGUCCGCCUUGAUCCAGAUGGCAUGGUCAUGAAUGAUGCCUUCAUCAACAGUGUUAAAGAGGCCGACUUCCUGAGAAACGGCACGGCAAAGGGCAUCAUGAGCCUUUCCAAGGAAGAUUCUGCAGGUCUCUGGAAGUCUGUCGAAGAAGAGAAGGAUCUCCAGAUUGACAAGUAUCCUGGGCGUAUCUCGAAUAAUCUCCUCCCACCACCAUCACAACCAUUCCGAAACGUUCCAAUUCGCAUAUUCUUACCACUACCACCCGGCGAGGAGUCUGGCUUGUUGAAAGUAGUCCAGUCUCCGUUGCCUCCUUCAAUACCGACAUCAAGCAUCCAGUCAAGUCAGUCGAUCAAUUCUCGGACGAGUCCGACAAUGCAAUUGCAAACGAUUGGUGGUGUUCUACAUACGUUGCUCCCUAAUCUCUUUCCUAGUCGGAGGACUCCAGUCCUGGCUAAGCCUGUGCUACAUGGGGCCGUACUUCCGAUGUCUGCUCCGAUUGAAGAAGUCGUGAGGAGCUCAGCUUACGGGGAUGGGUGGGCUUAUGUCGUUGUGCGGAUGAUGGGCUAA